UUGCGGGACUAAAAUUCUAAAAAAGGAAGCGGGCUUACCAGAACUCCAAUUCAGAUGAUCAGAUCCAUAUUUUGGUACUCGUAAUUAGCGGGUUUGGAUCCUCGUAUGCAUCUACAUCGUAUGAGAUCCGAACCACAUGCAAAAUCAACCUCCUACUCCGAUUUCACGAGUAAUUUGGUAAUUGCAAGUUUUUGGUAGGGUAUUGUGCAAGGGGAAAGGGGAGAAAGGUCGUCGCUCGUCGCAAAGAAAUUCGGUAACGCUCUACCAGACACUCACUUCCUCCUCUCCUUUUGCUGUUGUUUGUAGUGUGAUCAGUUUAGAAGAGAGCCAUGGACCCUUCAGAACGUAGGUAUUUAGAGGAAGAAGACAGUUCAACAAUGAAGACGAUUAAAGGAGCAACCACGGGUUUAGUUGCGGGCACUAUUUGGGGAACGAUUGUUGCUACUUGGUAUGAUGUGCCUCGUGUUGAAAGAAGUGUUGCACUUCCCGGGCUUAUAAGGACAUUGAAAAUGAUGGGUAAUUAUGGUCUGACCUUUGCUGCAAUUGGAGGAGUUUACAUAGGUGUGGAGCAGUUGGUGCAGAAUUACAGGAUGAAGAGAGACUUUAUUAAUGGAGCAGUGGGUGGUUUUGUUGCUGGGUCUUCUAUUUUGGGUUUCAAAGGAAAGAGCAUUUCUACUGCCAUUUCUGCUGGUGCUGCUUUGGCCUUCACUUCUUCUGUUAUUGAUGCUGGUGGUCAGACAACAAGAACUGACACUGGUAAGGAGUACUACCCGUACACCACUGAGAAAAGGCCAUCUGUCAAUUAAGUGCAUCUUUUAUUUCUCCCAAAGAAGAGUGGUUUAAUUGGUGAGCUAGCAAUGUUUCUGGAUUGGCCUUAUGGUGCUGUUUGGAGGUGUAGUCAUACUCCUGCCGUUCUAGGUAGUUCUCUGUUUUGAAGGUCUGAGAAAGAAGAUCAAAUAAAUUUGUUUGCCAACCUUCUUUUAGUAAUAGUUUGUGAUCAUUCUUUCUGUAUGUUGUGGGCAAUUGACCUGAAAUGUCCAUAAAUAUUAUGGUUAAGCUACUGAGAUAGUGACCCUGAAGGAAUGGCACUCGGAGUGUUUAACCUGCGCAUAACACCAGCUUUUAAAAGAUCGACGGAUUGGUUAUGUAAUUGUUUUGUACUUCACUAGUCAUCUUCUCUUUUCCUUGCUUUCUUUCAGUUUUUUCUUUGUUUCCUUUUCAAGGGUAAGAAAGGAGGAUGGAUUUGCUAGUUCAA